CUUUCUGGCGGGACGGCGGCUGGCUCCGCCCCUUCUCUCCCGCCCGGUCGUUGCCGUGGCGACCGCGGCUUCCGCUCUAUGCCGCCCGAAGAGAGCGGCGGCGGCCAUGAAGCGGCGGCGCGGGGCGGCCGCGGAGCCGCGCUGCCUGGAGGCCUGGGCGGCCGAGAGCCAGGCCCUGGCUAGACGCUGGCGGGCGGCCCGGUGCUCGGGGCCGGGGCCCGGCAGAGCAGCAGAGCGGGAGGUGCGACAGCAGCGAGACGGCUUCGGGGGGCUGCUGCGGAGGAUGUGGGGGCUGCCGGCUGCCCUCCCCACCCUGCCUCUGGAGCUUACCAUCCUCUACAACUCCCUGCUUUUUACUGUGGGAGCAUCUGAUUCUGCCAUCAAAGAAGAACCAGAAGGAAUACGCCAGGGGCUCCUCAGGGUUCUGGAGGCCUGUGGGGCCUGCGGGCAGGAUCUUAGCACCGAAGAGCUGUGGCAGAAGGUGCUGCAGGAGGUAACUGCAGGAGAGCUGCAGGCACCUUUGCACCGACUGGGGGCCCUGCAAGCAGCGUGGUGGCUGGCAGCCAGCCGCCUGGGAAGCACCAUUGGCCUCUUCAGGCUCCUGAGCAACGCUGAGGACCCAGGAAGAACUUGCUGCAGAGAGGGGGAGAAUGAACUCCUCUCCCUGCUCAAGGCAUGGCAAGUACCUGCUGAGGAGGCCUCCCUGCCCCUUGUACAGAGCACUGAGGACUUGAAAGAGAUCCUCUGCACUGCAGCAGCCUUCCUGCAAGGGCUGCAGGAACUGGAGGCUGGGAACUUUGCUACUGCCCUCUCCCUCUUUCAGGAGGCUGCGGGAGGAUUCUGUUCCAAGAGGGUCCUGGCCCAGAUCUACACCUGCCUUGGCUGCUGUGCUCAGCAAAUGGGCAAGCCUCAGACAGCCCUUCAGCACCUGAAGCGGGCCCUCCAGGUAGACUUCCAGUGCCUUCCUGCCCUGUCCCAUGCAGCAGCAGUGUACCACGAGCUGGGGGAGACCAACACGGAGCUGGAGGCUCUGGCUCUGCUGUACGAGGCUCUGGGAAAAAAACUUCCGGCAGCUGCUUCCUCUAGUCCACGUUUCCUAAUCCGAACAGAGCUUCUUGUUGACACACCAAUACUAGCUUCUCUCCUUCGCCAUCGCCACCCCUCUGAAGUGAAGUACCUGCUGGCACAGCGGUGUCUCCAGGAUGGGAGGGUGGCUGAUGCAGUAGAACAUUACCUGGAUUUUCUGGCUCUGCUUCAGGAGGGGCUGCAGCGGCAGGUGCCCCUAGGUGAUAGCUCAGCUCUGCCCAGGAUCCCCGAGGUGUUCCUGGAAACAGCGUCUGCCUUGGAGCAGGCUGGGAGGCACCAGGAUGCCAUAACCGUGUGCGAGGAGGUCAUCAGCCGGACAACUGACCUGAUCCCACGGAUGUUACGAGUGGAGGAGAGGCUGGAACAGCCGGAGUGCCCAUCGCCAGGGGCAGGGUUGGUGGGUGGACUCCUGUCCCAGAAGAAGGAGAGUCUGUGCUACCUUACGUGGAGAGCAGCUGGAUACCUGCACCAGGGCUGGGCAUGGGCCAAGCUGGGUGAGAGCAAGGAAGCCAUAACGCAAUUCAGCAGGUGCCUCGGCGAUCUCUUGCGACUCCAGCUUUAUGGGUCUGGAGUUGAACCAACAGGUGACAGUUAAAUGGUCUGUGAACCAGGAAGCUUCUCUAAUCCAGAUUUCAGGGAAGAGAUCUGUACCAGUUGUGCAGAUGGGCAGCCAAAGGCUAGGCUGCUGCCGUGGUCACUGUUCACCACAGCCAUGUAAUGUGCCAAGCUCUUGGUGUUCUUUGCUCUCACCCUCUGCUGCCUCCUGGCCUCUUCCAGCCUGGAGGAGAGGCUGAGCUCUGCCACCAGGGGUUCAGGGAGCUGGAAGAUGAGCAGUCCAAGUAAAUGUUUGGCCUAUCCUGACUGCUAACCUGGCUCAGCCUGCCGGGACAAGGGAGGGAAUGUCUGGAGGAUGCUGUCUCCAGGUGCGUGUGUCUUUCUGUGGCAGAGAAUCUCAUGCCAGAAGUGGAGGUGCUUCAGAAGAUCAGGUUGCUCUCUCUCGUCGGGCGAGGUAUGCAGUUCCUGGACCUGGGGAGGCACAAGGAAGCCUUGCUGGAUUUCCAGCACGGUUUGCAGAUCUCACCAG